AUGCUCAAGCACAAUAAGGUCGUCCCUGUCGUCGUCUUUGAUGGGGCGCGCCUGCCAAUGAAGGCCGGCACAGAAGCGGAACGGCGGCGGAACAAGAACAACAGCUUAGAAGAAGCUCGCGCCAAGUUGGCGGCGGGAGAUGAGCGUGGAGCAGAAGAGGCCUUCCAAAGGUCGGUCGACAUCACGCCUCAAAUGGCACUCCAAGUCAUGAAGUACCUGAGGAGGGAGGGGGUCGACUUCAUUGUGGCACCUUACGAAGCGGACGCGCAACUUGCUGCACUGGCAAGCGCCGGCAAGGAGAAUGGGGGGAUCGCUGCCGUCAUCACUGAAGAUAGUGAUCUCCUUGCUUAUGGAUGCAGCACGGUGCUGUAUAAGAUGGACAAGUACGGUAACGCCGAGGAGAUCUCCACCGAGCGCCUCUUCUCGAGCAUCGGACACGGCAGCCAGGGGCCGAGUCAGGCGUCAUCAGGACGUCAGCAAGGGGGCACGUGCCUCUCCUUCCGGCACUUCAACCAGGAGCUCUUUCUAGGCAUGUGCAUCCUAGCUGGGUGCGACUUCCUGCCGUCGAUUCCCGGCAUCGGGAUCAGCAAGGCGCACGCGGUGGUCAACAAGUACCGCAAUGUGGACCGGGCGCUCUCGCGGCUCAAACUGGACGCCAAGCUGGUGGUCCCCCCAGGGUACGCGCGCGAGUACGCGCGCGCGCGCGCCACGUUCGCGCAUGCCAGGGUGUAUGAUCCGGCCUCCAAGCGACUCGUGCACCUCAACCCGCUGCCCGAGGGCUUUGCGGAGGGGUUUGGGGGCGACAUCGACUUCCUGGGACCAGACAUGUCCCCCUCCACCGCAAGAGCCAUUGCCGAGGGGCGUGUGAAUCCGCUCACAAUGGAGGCUUUCCCCCGCACAGAAGCGGACACGUGGUUGACCAGGGUUCCGAGAGCAGGGGCCACGUGGCAGGGAGUUAGCGCGCACCAGGGCGCCACGUGGUGGUCAGGCAAGAGCCCGAAGAAGGCUAAGGGCUCGCCAAGAAGCAAGGCGACUCCGGCGGGAAGAAGACCUGCGCAUGUGGAUCUGGAAUCGGACGCCGACCCUUCCCCGAUCAGACGUCCAGAGCCCGAAGCGCCCCCCCGCCCCAGGCCCCCAGCCACCGUCGAUCUGAGCGCCUUCCGCAACUUCGCGGUCCCUCGAAGCCGGGGUUUAGGGCUUAACCAACCCUCGUCCAACCCGUCGCAAGCGGGAUCCCUCGAUCCGACGGAAUUCGGUGCGGACAGAGUCCGGACGAACGGCAGUCCGGACCGGAACCGGAAGGCGGUUUACGAGGGAGACGUUGGAUUUGGUCACUUCCGGGAAGAGAGCGGUAUGGUGGGAUUUGACGGGAACGAGCCCCCUGACGUCAGCAUGGAGGAGUCAGAAGAGUUUUGGGGGACACAACUGGAGCCGCGUCAGCAAUCACGUCAGCAGGAGAGCGAGCCGGUCUCCUCUCGACCAGUCCUUUUGGACCUCCCCCGAAAUCCGUUCAAGCGGCGGGCAGACGAGCCGGCGAGCGGAACCGGCUGGGUGCGCCAGCUGACCACUAUCGCGCCCAAACCUCGCAAACCCUUGUCUUCCAAACCGCCUCGUUAUCUAAACCCGUUCGCCGUCAGAACCCGGGUUGCAGAGGAGGGGGCACGGUUUCAGGAGCAGAAGGUCAGCCCAUUCUUUGCGAAGCCGGCAAGCCCGCCCUCGAAACCGCCCUCUGACCCGCUCUCGAGAGCAUCCUUUAACCCGCCCUCUAAUCCGCCCUCUAACCCGCAUUUGACGUCCCGCGCGAAACCCGCUGCAAAUUUUCCCAGAAGCGUGGUUUCAGCGCGUGACGUGGGUGCCGGAGAACCCGUGUGCCGCGUUCCGGAGGGGCAAGCGAUGUCCCCUUUCCAAACAAAGAGACCGCGAAAGAUGGGCGCCGGGCCCAUUGCGGACUUCUCGAAAAGUCCGAAACCUGUGCCUGCCAAAAAGAGGUUGCUUGACGACGAGUGUCCAUUGGGCGGUGAGGCUCCGUCAACGGAAGAGCGGAACGCUGCCGGAGAGCGGCGGAACCAGAGGUCGGAAGGUUCCGCAGCUCCGUCCGAGAGCCUGACGAAACCGUCGGACUGCGCCGUGGGGGACGGCUCCGAAGAACUAGGGCGACUCGACUCAAAGCCCUCGGAAGGGGACGAGCGAGGCCCGCCGGAGCAUCCUGCGGAAGGCCCUCUAAAGGAUCCCCAAAGCUGCCCUGUGAGCAGUGCGCCGCAAAAUCCUUUAGCAGACUCCUCGGAAGCGGAUCAACAGUGGAACGGAUCAGAAGAUCGACAAGACUCUCAUCGCGACGUUCCGGCGCCGCCAGCUCCCGUUCCGGCCGCCUCUUCUCCGGAAACCAGCGUUCCGUUCUUCGGGCCUUCGCUGGACUCGAACCCGGAAUUCCGUUCGGAUUGCGGCAGCCAGGAGGCCGUCCUGAGCACGCCGUCGGAGGAGCUCGAGCCCGCGGAACCUUUUAACGUUCCGGAGGAAGCUUUGGCGCGCGGGCUGGGGGAGAACUCUUUAGAGGGGCUGCAGAGCACGUGGGCGGCGACGGCCGCGUCGCAAGCAGCGGCUGAUGCCGGUCGGGAAAGGACGGUUAUGAGUGACCAGGGAUUUGCUCACGUUCACAGGAUGUCAGCGAGCGGAGUCAACGGUGUCCGGCGGGAGCGAGGAGCGACGGAAUCCGCUGGAGCAGCGGAACCGGUAUGCGGUGCCGCAGCGGGGCAGGCAUUUGUAGAGUCUAACUCGGGAUCUGUUCUGGACGAGGACUGCGUCGCAAUGGAGGAGGAGGUUCGGCCGGGCUCGGAAGCGGUGUUAGGAACGAGAGAGAUCUGGGGCGCGGCAAACGUUGUCCAGGAGAACGAACGAACCGAGCUUCGUGCGAGAGGACAGCUUCAAAAAUGCCCAGUAGACGAUAGAGUGGAUGGUCAGAAAGACGCCGCGGCUGUUGAUCAAGUCGAGCAGUUUGAAACUAAUGGGCAAGUCGGAAAAGAAUCAGUAGAUUUCAAGCGAGUCGAAGCGUCAGCACAAAGCAGGAAAGUAGAUGAGGGUACUGUGUUGAACGGGUUGAUUGAUCUUGAGAGCGUCGAGUUGCGCGGCCCAUCGAGUUUGGUGCGCCUCUCGCGGCCGAUGGUUCCUCGGAGGCAAACCGUGAAGCCCAGCAGCAUUUUGAACUUCUUCAAACCCGUAAAGGUGCCGGAAGGGGGGGAAGAAAGGCCUGGCAAAAGGUCAAUUGUCGAGAGUCGAGGAACGAACAGAAAGCUAGGACCGAGUGUUCGUAAGAAGCACAAAAGAUAACAGCUGGAAUUUCCGUCCGGUAUUGCAGUAAGAGCAUCCUCCAGGUCUUUCAAUUGUCUAAGAAUCA